UUCCUAGAGAGAAAAUCAGUGAAGUUCGUUAUUUCCUUUGAGAAAAAGAAAUUUGAAAUUAAAAAAAGGAAAACAUAAUUUCGAUGAAACGAAUUUAUAAAAAAUCUCGAUCAGUACUACCGUGAGUCGUUUGCUCAGUGUAUGUUGACAAUUAUUAAUAAACAAUAAAUGAAAUCACAACAAAAAAUCGUGUACAGUGACUCCCGUUAAAUUUACCCUAAAAAAAUCACCGACAAGAAAGACAAUUUUGAUAUCGUGCGUGAUAAGUAGAAGUCAAAAGGGCAACGAUAAAGGACUAGGGUUCUCCAAUCCCAAGACGGCGCUCUCAUGUCGUGAUAAUCGAUAGUGCUCGAAAGUGGUUCGGCAGUAAUCGAUCGCACGUCUCGCCCGGAUAAAUGUCCAAAAAAAUCGGCACAUCGUUGCACCGGAAUCGCGCUGAAGCGCGCGAGACUGGCCGAUUAAAAAUCGCGAGUUAUAAAACAAUGACGUACGCCUCGAUCUCCUUGAAAAAUUACAGGAUUACGUAAAAAGAUAUUUAAAAAAACGGCAAAAGAAUUCUCGUGAUCGUAGAAGAAACGAAAAUUGGAUUCUCUAUAAUAACCGGAAAAAAAUCUAGUGAUAGCAUAAACACGGUGCUGAUAAAAAUACAAAUUAAUCGAUAGCCAGCAGUCGGGGGACCGAAUAAACAAAUAAAAUUAUAAUCGUCCAGUGGACAGAACGAACUUGUCUGGCUACGAGGCUCCUCAGCGCUAGUGAUCGAACCGAGAUCAAUGAUCUCUUAAACCGAAAUCGCACGAACUUGCCCACGAGUCAUCUGCGAUGACUCGAUAGUGAUCAGUGUCAAAAGAUUCUGGCGUGAGGCCGGUUCCUUUCUCAAGAUAUAGAGAAACGUAAAAAAUCCUCGAAAAAUAACUAAAGAGCCUCUUGUAAUAUAUGAAAUUUAAAUUCAAAGAAAUAAGGGUGGUUUUCUCUUCCCUGUCAAAUUACAGGAAGAAAAAUAUACGUAAUCACCGUACAUGUUUCUUCGACUACUGUACAGUGUGGUGCUGAUUAGUUGUAGGGUGUGAAUAAGAAAAAGUGUUCAAGGGGGGUGGCUAUACGGAAGUGACGCACAAUCGGAAAAAAAGGGGGGAGGUGUGAGUUUGUUCAACCCUAUUCGUUCCCAUUGAAAAUUUACGGAGUAUUGAAGUGCCGUAUUAUAUAUACGUGAAGGUGAGGAAGUGCUGUGUGCAAGGGGGUAGAAAGAAAAUCUAGGGGCGAGGGGGGAUGGUCUUAGGAGUGUAAAUCCUCCAUCUCAUCCCCUGCAACCGAUCAAUGCGUGGACGGGUUUCACUUUCGCGGUAUUAAAGCGUGCACCACACCGCCGCCAUCGCCAAAUCGGAAGAAUGGAGUCGAGCGAGUGGGAUCACGCGACCUUGAGGGAGGAGGAAUUCGAGCAGCAUGCAGUCUACUUGGUACCGGAUGUUGCCGCAUCGGCGAACGAUCCGAAUCGAGCUGAGGCGUCCUUACCCAGGAAUCUCGUCCUGAAACCCUCCCAGGCACUCAACGAUGUACGUUCCUCUACAACAGAAUCCUUUCUCGAACCGUCCUUGGUACUGGGCGUGUGGAGUACUAGUUACAUACCUAAAGGGACCCGUUUCGGUCCUUUGGUAGGACACGUUUACACGAAGGAUUCAGUACCGGCUGAUGCGAAUCGAAAAUAUUUCUGGAGGGUAUACAAAAACAAUGAAUUGUUCUAUUAUAUUGAUGGCUAUGACGUACAGAAGUCAAACUGGAUGCGAUACGUUAAUCCAGCUUAUUCCUCUGAAUCACAAAAUCUCAUUGCCUGUCAAUAUAAGAUGAACAUCUACUUUUACACCAUAAAACCGAUAUUGCCAAAUCAAGAAUUGCUCGUUUGGUACUGUCGAGAAUUUGCGGAAAGGCUCAACUACCCUUUGACUGGCGAAUUAAUGCUUCAGAGAAUAAGACAACAGGUACAACAAUCGACGAUACCAGCGGAAAUACCACCGGUGGUCGAAACGACGCCGCUUAAGGAGUCGAGCAUCUACGAGAGGCGUUCCCAGAUGACCCCGACAGACGGUUCGGUCAGAUCCGACGAGGGUUACCAUUCGAAUGGCUACCACGACGAGAUCCUGACACCGCCGGAAGAGUCCAGCGAAUCCGACUCGGAGAACAACUACGUCCUGGACUUCAGUAAGAAUGCAAAGACUUCGAGCAACGAGGUCCUGAAGCAGGACAGCGCGGCGAAGAACGAGUACAGAAAGGUGAAGAUAAAGAUCACGAAGACGUAUAACAACUUCACGAAGAACAUGGAGAACAUUAAGGAGAAGGAGGAGCUGUCGAGCGGGGCUGUCACGCCGGAAAUUCAAGUGCAGAAACCCGUAUCGCCGAUGGUGAUUCAGAAGAACACGGUGCUCUCCUCCUCGAACGAGGACGAGAUGACUGAUAAGAAGCCAUUUUACGAAUCGGAAGCUAAGGCUACGUCUUUGCCGAUACCCGGUGGUAGACCACCGUACUUGACCAAUUCCAGUAGCAUCCUGGAGAACAUACUCCUGCGCAAUAAUACAGACAGUAACAACAACACCAACAAUAAUCAUUCUGGUAAUCACAUGAGCCACGUGGACUCAGUAACACCACCACCGUCCAGCCCCACGGAGAUGGCCUACUCGUACAAGAAGUCCCACAGGUACGGGAACAUCCUACCAUGCAGUCCAGACUCCAGCUCGAAUCUACCGAUGCAAACGGAAGCGUCGAACAUCGUGAACUCGACGAGCGGUUUGCUUCCGAGUCCUGGGAAUCUGCAUUCGAGUUCCGGUUCAAUAAUUCACUCCAGCUCGGGUAACCUGCACUCGAGCACAGGAUCAUCCGGUAACCUGGUGCAUCCAUGCUCGGGAAAUCUCCACUCCAGUACCGGUGUCAGUAGCAAUACCGGAAGUCUUCACUCCAGUAGUCCUGUUCAUAUACAUUCAAGCAGUCCCGGUAGCAACGUCCUCUCCUCGAGUACAGUCCUCUCCUCCACCAGCGGUCUUCACUCGUCCACACCCGGUGGUCUGCUGAAGCAACGAAAAUCAAAAAGUCCAUCACCAGCCACCACGAUCCUCUAUACCAACGCCAGUAUCACCCCGAUGCCGAGUGACUCCAGUAGUAUCUACAUGAAUGCAAAUUCCAGUGUCUCACCUAUAUCCCCGAUACAAUCGCCGUCCUACCCGUACAAUCUUUAUCAUCAGAGCAGCACGUUGCACCACAAUGCUCCGUUGUCAAUUAACACUGCGUACUCGCCGACUCCAACGGGCAAUCAUCUUUACGAUAGGAACGACAGGAGACUGGAUUCUCAUCAGCUGCCAACUUCCUCGACGAUGCAGAUGGACAGCAAUCAAGCCCUUAUCACGGGCACGCACAAUCUUCACCUGGGACAUCAUCCGGGACUUACGAUUACCAAUGCCUCUAUAAACAGAUACUCACCAGCCAGUUCAUUGUCACCGGACGAUCAUGGCUGCUCGCAAAGUGGUUCCCUGAGUCCCAACUCUCAAGGGUCAAGAGGUUACCGCUCUCUUCCGUAUCCACUGAAGAAAAAGGACGGGAAGAUGCAUUACGAGUGUAACGUGUGCUGUAAGACAUUUGGUCAGCUGUCCAAUCUCAAGGUUCAUCUCAGGACCCAUUCCGGCGAGAGGCCCUUCAAGUGUAACGUCUGUACCAAGAGCUUUACGCAACUGGCCCAUCUUCAGAAGCAUCAUCUCGUGCACACAGGCGAGAAGCCACAUCAGUGCGAGAUAUGCAAGAAGAGGUUCAGCUCCACUUCGAAUCUCAAGACUCACCUGAGACUUCACUCUGGUCAGAAACCCUACGCCUGUGACCUCUGUCCGGCCAAGUUUACGCAGUUUGUACAUCUGAAGUUGCACAAGAGGCUGCACACGAACGAGAGGCCCUACACGUGUCAAGGAUGCGACAAAAAGUACAUAAGCGCCAGUGGGCUCAGGACGCACUGGAAAACCACCAGCUGCAGACCCAAUAAUAUUGAGGAUGAACUCGCAUUGGCUGCCGCAGUUGGUUCGCCGACCUACUACGAAUACGGUCCGGACAUGAAUGUCGCCAAUAUGCCGAAGGAAUGCGAGCUGGAGCACAUUGAGAAUUAUGAAAGGCGCAACGGGUCGGCGCAUGGUCCGCACUCGACGUCACUUCACAAUCUCGAAAAUCCUGUCGCUCGACCGAGCGUCAUAGAAACGUCACAGCCACACAUUAUCGAGUGUACUUAAGGGCUCGAGACUCUGGCUUUCUAACGCCCUACAGCCUGAAUCGUUGAACUGACAAUUGGGCGCAAGAUCCUUUGGAACUUAUUCGUGUAGCUGCUUGGACGAUAAACUAUUUUAUCGGAUCCUCGACUUUACGUGCAAUUUCAGAAAGUUAUUUAAUUAGCUCCUAAAUAAUAAACAAGGAAUCUUGUUUCUUAUUGUUAAUGUUUCACGAUUUUCAUGGCGGGAGCGAUGCGCGAGGAGGACUGUGUCUCGUGAUAAAGAACGGAUGAAGGGAAGAAGAGAGAGAGAGAGAGAGAGAGAGAGAGAGAGAGAGAGAAGAAAGAGAGAGAGAAAAGAAAAGAAAUAUUCUUUCUCGUGCUCGGUGCAUUAUUUUAUUUUUAUUUUUCUCUUCGUUUAUUCCUAUCAUAAGGAUGAACUCUGAUACAGAAAGAGAGACUCUCCUCGCGCAUGACACAUCGUCUCUAGCUGCGAAGUGAAACGCGGGCGAAUUAAGAGGAAAGAGAAAGAAAAAGAGAGUGAAACAAGAGAGGAUGAAAGAACACUGGCGGAUUUUGUCGGCACCCGCCACUUAUUGAGAAUGAAAAAAAAAACAAAAAAAAAAUGAAAACCAGUGACGACACGACUGCAACUCUACGAGACCUGUACCUGUAUAUACUAACAUUAUUAUUAAUUAUUCAAUAAUUUAAAGAAAAAGGUAACUUAAAAGCUCUUAUUUAUGAAACUUUAUAAAAAAGAAAAUACAGCAAAAAAAAAAAUAAGAAAGAAGCAAAGAAAACGAGCGUGAGACUCUCGAUUGCGUAGAAUCAUACGGCGAACGGUAGACUGCGUCCACGGUAACUUGAACGCGAGCAUUCAUCUUCAUCGUUUUAUUAAGUAAUUUAUUGAAAACGUAAAUAUAAAUAAGGUAUAUAAAUAUAUAUUUUUUUUAAGCGCCGAUUUUCUUAUCGUUCCGCGCAUGAGUGGAUGAGAGCGCCAGGACGAGGGUGAAAGUGGAAAAACGCGUGUGCAAGUCAUUGAGGAGGGAGAGAACGAAAAUGAAUUGAAGAUGAAGGAAGUGUAAAAAAAAAGAUAAGAAGUCGAGUAUAACGAGGAGCGAUUACGAACGUGAAAAUUGUGCGAACAAUGUUUAUCAGUAUUCAUUCGAUGGUUCCUUCGCAAGAGUUCACGAACGCAAAAACGAUAACGGAACAAAGACACAAACGAUCGAGAACAACAAAAAAAUUUAAGUAAUCACAAUAAGGAAUCCAUUGAGUCUAAAUCGCUCGUAACUUUUUCCUCUUCGAAUCUUGGCUUUUUUACGGUUCGUUGUAAUUUUUCCAAAGGAUGCGAGAAAAAAAGAAAAUCUUUCACAUUUACAUCCAGCGACACUAGAUAUUACUGGUGUAUUUUUUCUUGUUCGAAACAAAAAAAAACGACCGCCUUCUGCUUCCCGUAAAUCUUUCUCUUGAAUUCUCGCCGGACUUCCGAUAUAAUUUCGAGAUGAUGGACGAUUAUGAGAAAAAUGUCGCACAAAUCUUUUUUCUACGGCGGAUUAAAAGUAUUCGCGAACUUUGUGCGUAUUUGAAAUAAAAAAAAAUAAUAAUAAUAAAAACAAGCCAGUAUUCGUGAAGGCAUUCAUUAAACUUGCGUCGAUAAAAAUUCCAAAGGAGGUCCUCUAUGUCUUCUUUUGCCUUCAUUCGUAUUUAAGGAAGAAAUAUGGGAUUACCAUUGGAAUCUGCGAGAGAGAGAUCUCCUCUUUCGUACCAUUUUCUUCCAAAUGUAAAUUGCAAGGUUGUAUACGACAAAAAAAAAUUCAAAGAGAUUUUUUAUAAAUAGAUAAAUCGUCGUUCGUGCACUUCCGCUAUGUAAGUUAUUAACCGUUAAUGCGAUUUCGUUACUUCCAUUAAUUUUAAGCAUCAUGCAAUAUAUUUCAUUGAUCAAGUCACUCUGAACGCAGACUACCGCGACCCGAAGGUUAUAAGGAAUGAGAUGAAAAAUUAAUAAAUAAAGAUACACAACGGAUAUCCUCAUAGAUCAGUGAUUCAAAUAGAGGCUGGAAUUUACGUCCGUUUGAUAAUAAACGAGCGGCAAAUUACGGAGGAUUUAAAACGGGGCGAGAAAUGAUGAGGAAUGUAUGAGCGAGAGAAUGCGCAUAUGAAUAUUCGAGAGAGAGAGAGAGAAAAUUGAAUUGCUCCUCUAUGAUUAUAUUUAAAGAAACGCAUCGCUGAUUAAUAUAUUUAAAAAACGGCCGUUUAUACUUAUGUACAUUAAAAAAACGUAUAGCGAUACAGAUUUUGGUGUCACGGGUUACAAAUUCCCUUUCUUAAAAAAACAUUACUUUUUAAAUCGUUUCUUUAAGAAAAAAAAAAAAAAAAAAAAAAAAAAAACAAUCCGAUUCAAUAAUAUGACAGACAAAAACGAAUCCCUGUUAAUUUAAUACAUGAAAUUUUUUUUCAAAAUUUAAACAAUUUCUUUUAGGCCCCUCUAUGUUAAUCUGCGCAUACGUUACAGGCAACGUGGACGAUUCGGGCAUUUUAUGGAAUGCCGGUAAAGUAGUAACGUAAUUAAAAGAGAUCUUAGUGUACGCUAUAGUAGCGAAUUACUCGCAAUAUUUAAAAUGGCCAAACAGGCGAGAGUCGUGUAUUUUGCAACGUGUCCCUCCGACGACUGAAACGAUACAAGGAGCUAUUGAUCGAUAUUAUCGACUGUACGAGAGCCUAACGCGGGUCCUGGUGAAAAUACACGUGUCUCGCGAAUAUUAUAUCUUUUAUUCUACCCAAAAGUCGUACGAAUCCCACUUGGACGUGGUGAAACGGAAUUUUGAGACGGCAGAAAAAACAAAAUAGAAAAAAAAAAAA